GUGUCCCAUUGGCUGGGAGUGUGUAGUGUGGGGUGGGCGCUAUCUUCGUGGCACCGCCGGAGGCGGGGCUGUUAGUUUCGACAGGAAAACUAAAGAAAGAUGGCUGCAAUCAGAAAGAAACUGGUGAUAGUUGGUGAUGGUGCUUGUGGAAAGACCUGCCUCCUCAUCGUGUUCAGCAAGGAUCAGUUCCCUGAGGUCUACGUGCCCACUGUGUUUGAAAACUAUGUGGCAGAUAUUGAGGUGGAUGGUAAACAGGUGGAGCUGGCUCUGUGGGACACAGCAGGCCAGGAGGACUACGACCGACUGAGGCCUCUCUCCUAUCCAGACACAGACGUCAUCCUCAUGUGUUUCUCCAUCGACAGCCCUGACAGUUUAGAGAAUAUUCCAGAGAAGUGGACGCCUGAGGUCAAGCACUUCUGUCCCAACGUGCCCAUUAUUCUUGUGGGAAACAAGAAAGACCUGCGAAAUGAUGAGCACACACGUCGCGAGUUAGCAAAGAUGAAACAGGAGCCGGUGAAGUCAGACGAGGCGCGGGAUAUGGCUAACCGGAUCAACGCCUUUGGUUACUUGGAGUGCUCAGCCAAAACGAAGGACGGUGUGAGGGAGGUGUUUGAGAUGGCCACCAGGGCAGCACUGCAGGCCAAGAGACGAGGCAAGAAGGGCGGCUGCCUUCUGCUAUAAAGUGUCAGGUCAGACAGGAGUGGGAGGGAAAGGGGAAACAAACCAGGCCAAGAUAAACAUCCCUCCUCUGUGCCUGCUUUUGACCAGGGUGGGCACAGUUGAAUGGGGUGUUGGGGAUGAGGGAGAAAAGUCAAACCAGGCCAAAGGGGGAAAAAAGGAAGGUCAAAUGUUAUGGAAAAGGGAGUAUAUACAUGUAACUCCAAGGUUAUAACUUUUAGCUCUCAAAUAAAAAUACUGUAAUCUUGUGUUGAGAUUCAUUAGACCUGAAAUUAAGAAAGCAUGGAGAGAUGGGGAAAUUUCUCUCACUCAUACUUCUUUAACAGUGCGGUGGUGUCUGUACUGCCAGUAGUUGGUCUCCUCUGUCCUAAACAUUAGCCGUGUAGCUGAGACCAGCCGCAGAGGAGAUUGGGGCAUUAGUGCACCCACAGCUGAAUGCCUGCUGUUUAAAGUAAACUGUUGAAAGGCUUGGAUUGGCUUGCAGUGUGACGGUGCGUGUCUUUCAGUUCUGCCCUGUUGCUUAAUAAGUUUUUUCUCCUUUUUCCCCCUGUGGAAACGUAGACCAUCCAAACUUUAUUUGGACCGGGUUUCCUCUCAUGUAGUAUUUGAUACAAUGUUCAUUCAUUUAAAAAACUGCGAGCUGAAUUAUUUGCAUUUGAGCAUAAAUACAUGGUAAUGAGUGUUUUAUACAAGCAUCUUAAUGAAUGCAACACUUGAACUUAGUUGGAUAAACUGUAUGAUUGUGUUGAUGUGGUUGUCAAACACACUGUAUACCGUUGGGUAUCAAUGGGUUAACAAAACUAUAUGUUCCUCUAUACAGUUACUGUAAAUUCUCAAAUAGUAGUGGGGCCUUAAUUCACCUCCACCACCGAGAGGAUCAGACGUUCAGGUAAAACGGGGUUAUACAGUAUGUAGAGCUGUGGCGAUUAGUCGACCAGUAAGUCAGUCAAAAGAAAAUUAAUUGGCCUCUAUUUUGAUAAUCAUUUUGAAGCUGUGAGCCCCUGAAGUCCAGAAAGGUGCCCUUUCUUUAUCUAAUGCACACAAGUUAUCAUCUUGUGGGAUCAAAAUAAUAGGCAGACAUGAAUAAUUAGGUCAUUUCUGGUCAAAGGAGUAGAAGAGAGCAGUCUCCCCCCAGCUCACCUGACAAAACAGCAAAUUAACAGCUGUAAUAAAGCAAUAAAAGCCUCCAUGUUUGGGAAAUUGGCAAAGUGUUAAUGUAAAGACAACAUACCCCUGUGGUUUUAAUGAACAGGCCUGGUUGAACUCACACAGAUAAAUAACUUGUUCACCCAAGAUAAAGAAAUUGGCACUUAAAGAGCUCUGUACUAAACAAUCGAUUAGUCAAGGAAAUAAUCUGCAGAUUAAUUGAUCGUGAAAAAAAAAGUCUAUGAAACACAAGCCUUUAUUUCUAAUUAACAUUUUAUAAGUAGAUGUAAUCAUAUUUUAUUAAGAAGUGUCCAUGUUGUCGUGGGUAAACUCAACACUUCCUCGACAUUGACAUGUUGGCCAGUAUAAUGUGCAUUUCUACCAUUUUCAGUCACUUCACUUGGCUGUUUUUGAGUCCUGAUUAUAAGAUGCCAUCAUUAUACAGAUUUGGCAUUAGUUCCAGCUGCUCACAGGACAAAUCUCCUCUCUUUAACAUUAGGCUUUUAAUUUGGUAAUUUACAGGAAGGAAGGAGGUGGGACACCUCAACAGGUAUAAAAGAAAACUGCAACAUGUAAGAGUCGGGGAACAAUUGGUG